AUGGCGGUCCUGUCCAACGCCUUAAAUGGCCUAUGGGCCAAGGCUCCGAUGCUCUCUCCCUCUGGCGCCAAACUCGAAUUACCGCUCAUGGCCGACGAUCCCUUAACCGCGAAACUCGGCGACGAUGAAUCCUGCGAACUCAGGAUAGAAGGCAUGACUUGUGCGGCUUGCGUGCAGUCGAUCGAGGAGAUGCUCAAGUCGCAAGAGGGAAUUCACUCGGUCACUGUGGCCCUACUCGCAGAGCGCGGCGUCGUGCACUACGAUCCCUAUGCCUGGACGGCUGACAAGAUCAUAGGCGAAAUUCAGGACAUUGGUUUCGACGCCACCAUCAUCCCAAAGGCGCGCGCCGAUGAGCUUACGCUCCGCAUCUAUGGCAUGACAUGUUCUUCAUGUACCUCGACCGUCGAGCAGGAGCUGGGAGCCAUGCCUGGGAUCACCAGCGUCUCGGUGUCCCUCGCCACGGAGACGGCGAAGAUCACCUACGACCCUUCUAUGGUCGGGGCGAGAGAGAUGGUGGACCGUGUAGAGGAGUUGGGCUUCGAUGCCAUGCUCUCCGACCAGCAGGACGCGACCCAGCUCAAGUCGCUGACCCGCACGAAGGAGAUCCAGGCUUGGUGGACACGGUUGAAGUGGAGCUUCACCUUUGCGUUGCCCGUCUUCUUCCUCGGCAUGAUUGCGCCGCAUAUUCCCUUCCUCGGCCACAUCUUGUCGAUGCGCGUCUGCACUGGCUUGCCGCUCGGACACCUGCUUAUCUUCCUUUUGACGACGCCGGCACAAUUCUGGGUGGGAUGGAAGUUCCACAAGAACGCGUACAAGGCCUUAAAGCACAAGAGCGCCACGAUGGACGUUCUCGUCUCGCUCGGCACCACCUCUGCAUACGUCUACUCGGUCCUCAUUUCGAUCGACGCCAUGAUCAACAUGCACGACGAGCCGCCCGUGGUCUUUUUCGACACCAGCACUAUGCUUAUCAUGUUCGUCUCCAUGGGCCGCUUCCUCGAGAACUCCGCGAAGGGAAAGACGAGCGCCGCUUUGACCGACCUCAUGGCGCUCGCUCCUUCCAUGGCCGUCAUCUACACCGAUGCGGCAUGCACGCAGGAGAAGAAGAUCGCCACCGAGCUCUUGCAGCCCGGUGACACUGUCAAGGUCGUACCAGGUGAUAAGAUCCCCGCAGACGGUACCGUCGUCCGUGGCUCUUCGAGCGUCGAUGAGAGCGCCAUCACUGGCGAGCCUGUCCCUGUUCUGAAGCAAGCCGGCGACGCCGUUAUCGGUGGCACUGUCAACGGCCUUGGCGCAUUCGACAUGCUUGUCACACGCGCGGGCAAGGACACCGCCCUCUCACAGAUUGUGAAACUCGUUGAGGACGCGCAGACAAGCAAGGCGCCUAUCCAGGCGCUUGCUGACCGCGCCGCCGGCUACUUCGUGCCGACAGUCAUCUCACUCGCGAUUGUGACGUUUGUCGUGUGGAUGGUACUCUCGCAUGUUAUGGGAGAGGACGCGCUCCCGCCCUUGUUCCACCACCAUGGCUCGACCAAGCUCGCGGUCUGCCUCCAGCUCUGUAUCUCCGUUGUCGUCGUUGCGUGCCCAUGUGCUCUCGGACUCAGCACUCCCACCGCGAUCAUGGUCGGCACCGGCAUGGGCGCGAAGAACGGUAUCCUCAUCAAGGGUGGACGCGCUCUCGAGGCGAGCCGCCGCUUGAAGCGCGUUGUUCUGGACAAGACCGGUACCGUCACCGAGGGUAAGCUCACUGUCUCCGGUAUUGCAUGGGCACCGACGCACGAGACCGGAGAGGCGCUUAUCCAGGCUGCGGACACCCUUAGCCAGGCCUCGCUUAACGUCGUGGCUGCGGACGGCGUCACUUCGCACGCCGCCAUCAUCGCCAUGCUUUCCGCCACCGAAGCGCGCUCCGAGCACCCUUUGGCCAAGGCUGUUGCAACCUGGGGCAAGAACAUCCUCGCCGGUGCAGGGCACGACGCAACCGUCAGCACAUUCGAAAGCAUCACUGGUCAGGGUGUCAAAGCCGACGUGGUCCUCAGCACCGGGUCCCGCUAUACCAUCUGGGUUGGCUCAGCGCGCUUCGUCACCGAGAACGACGAGAGCCGUCUUCCAUCCGCCCUCUCGACCUUCUCAAGUGAAGAGGCAUCCCACGGACGUACGCUGAUCUACUGCGCCAUCGCCAGCAGCACCAAGCGCCCGUUGCCCGUCCUCGCUGUGUCGCUUCAAGAUGCACCAAAGCCGUCCAGUAUCCAUGCUAUUCGGGCAUUGCAAAACAUGGGCAUUGAAGUCAACAUGAUGACGGGCGACGGCGAGAUCACUGCGAAGGCUAUCGCGAAGCAGGUCGGGAUCAGGCCUGAGGGCGUUUGGUCGAGCAUGAGCCCCAAGGGCAAGGCUGCGGUCGUUACCGAGCUGAUGCAGAAGGGCGAUGUUGCGAUGGUUGGUGACGGUAUCAACGACUCACCUGCCCUCGUCGCUGCGACUGUCGGCAUUGCACUCUCCUCCGGCACCUCUGUUGCCAUCGAGGCCGCCGACAUUGUUCUCAUGCGCUCCGACCUCCUCGACGUCGUCGCAGCCCUCGACCUCUCCCGCGCCAUCUUCCGCACCAUCCAGCGCAAUCUCAUCUGGGCAUGCAUCUACAACGUGUGCGGCAUCCCGCUCGCCAUGGGCGUCUUCCUUCCCUUCGGCCUGCACUUGCAUCCCAUGAUGGCCGGAGCGAUGAUGGCGUUCUCGUCGGUGUCCGUCGUCAGCUCGUCGUUGCUUCUUAAGCGCUGGGUGCGCCCUGCGGCCAGCCUCAUGCCCGGCGAAGAGGCCGAAGGGGAGAGCUUGCUAGACAUUGCGCGUGGUGUCGUCGGUGCGCCAUGGGACUACGUCCGCAACGUGGUCCGCGGUCGCCGCGCAGGAUACGAGCAGCUUCCCGGCAUCGCUCUCCCCCCUACCGCCGCACCCGACUCGUCCGUAUAG